AGACAAAAACCUGAUGACGAAGUAGACGAUCGAAAUUCCUACUUCCCAAUUUCUCUGCAUUCGCUAUUAUGGAUACCCAAGAAAACGAGCGGCCUCUGGUUCUGGUGCAUUGUCUCCCCCCAUUCAAGCUUCCAAGGCAAUUCGAAUUCGAAGAGCGCCUACUUGCUCAAUUUCGCCUUCUUGACCACCCCUUUGACUCGCUUGAGCAAACCCAAUCCUUCUUGUCCCGACACGCAGAGUCGAUCCGGGCACUCAUCAGCGUGGGUCCUUCCCCAAUAUCUGCCGAGUUUCUCCAUCUCCUGCCUCGUUUGGAGUUAAUAGUGGCGGCAAGCGCAGGCCUUGACCGCGUUGACCUGCCUGAGUGCCGGCGCCGGGGAAUCAUAGUCACCAACGCUAGCCUUGCCUUCUGCGAGGAUGCGGCAGACUGUGCUGUUGGGUUGUUGAUCGAUGUUUUGCGAAGAAUAUCGGCUGCUGACAGAUUCGUUCGUGGUGGGUUGUGGCCUGUGAAGGAAGACUAUCCUCUUGGUUUUAAGUUGGGGGGAAAGCGUGUUGGGAUUGUGGGGCUGGGACACAUUGGCUCGGAAAUUGCAAAAAGGCUGGCUGCCUUUGGAUGCAACAUUGCCUACAACUCAAGGAAGCAGAAACCAUCUGUUACAUUUCCCUUCUAUGCCAAUGUCCGUGAGCUAGCAGCUAACAGUGAUGUGCUUGUACUUUGUUGUGCACUUACAGGAGAAACCCAUCAUAUUGUCAAUAAGGAUGUCAUGACAACAUUGGGAAAGGAAGGGGUGAUUAUUAAUGUUGGACGUGGAGCUCUUAUCGAUGAGAAGGAAAUGGUGCAGCUCCUGGUGCAAGGAGAGCUAGGUGGUGCAGGGCUUGAUGUGUUUGAGAAAGAGCCUGAUGUGCCAAAAGAGCUAUUUGCCCUGGAUAAUGUCGUGCUGUCUCCACACCGUGCAGUCCUCACCCCAGAAUCCUUUGAGCUAUUAAUGGAGUUGGUUAUUAACAACUUGGAGACUUUCUUUUCAAAUAAACCUUUGUUGUCAGUUGUGUCAAACAAAUAACUGAACUUUCAAAAUCCCGUUCUUUUCUUGUAUAAUGCUUUCAAUAUUGUUCCAUAUGCAGCAUGCUGAAGAUUAAACUGAUCAACUGAAUCAGAAAGUGAGAGGGAGAGGGAUGAAUAUUGAACAAUUCACCUGAAAUAUUGAAUAAAUCUCCUAUUGAUUGUAGAUCUGAGUUCCUUUGUAUGGAAGCUGAAGCUAGUACUUAGUGUUGUUUGAAACCAUGUGUUCAACAAUGUUUUGAUGUUCUCUCUUGUUAAGACUACAACGAUAGUUUCCUGCCCUGCCUAUGUUAUGUGUAGAAUUGUUCAAUGGACUGUGUUUUCUAUUUUACUUGUAACAGACGGUUAUCCAUUGCAAGAUUUCUAAUAGAAGUAUAAUACACGU